CGACGGGCAGCCGGCAGAUCCUCUGCACGCGCCGCAGUUAACUGGGCGGAGAUCAGCUUUCUCACCAAGUGUGUGUGUUUGCAGUGAGGAGACUGAUGGACACUUGUUGCCACACAGCGCAGCUCUGCCGCCGGCGAAAACAACCAGACAGCUGCUAAAGCCUGUGAGGAAAUCCCUCCCCCUGUCAGCCUCCGCCAUCAAGAAGACCUGUCCCGGUCCCGUCCUGGUCCCCUCCUGGUCCCGUCCUGGUCCCGUCCCGGUCCCGUCCAGCACCCUGCCAUGGACAACCUGUCCGUGGCCACGCCCUCCAUUCAGAGUCCUGCUGAAACCACCACAAACGCUGUGCUGACGGGUUACGACAUGGACGACGGAUACUUCGACGCCAUCCUGGGAGUCGUCAUUGCCACCGUCGUCCUGGUGCUGAUCGCCUUCGCCGUCGUCCUGAUCCGAUACAUGUUUCGGCACAAAGGCUCGUACCGCACCAACGAGGCCAAGGGCACGGAGUUCGCCGAGACGGCGGACGUGGCGCUGCGAGGCGACCCCGUCCUGCAGGAGGCCGUGGACGACAGCAAGAAGGAGUACUACAUCUGAGCUGCCGGGCCUGCUCUGUGGACGGAGACUGGAGACACUCAGCGGGAACUGUGACUCAGCAGGACGCUUCACAAGCUGUAGAUCCAGGAAGCGUCACCCGUCCCCGUGCCGACCGGGAGGGCUGCUUAUUCUUGAUAUCUGUGUGUGAGAAGAGGAAUUAGAUCAUGAAGUGCUUUUAUAAAUUAUUACAGAAACAAUUACAGCUGCCAGCUCGCUGCUUCUGGUUCUUUAGACAUUGAAUUAAUGAGGAUUACUCAGACAGUUCGGGGAGACACUUGAUCCGCAGAGACAGAAAACUGUUUUUGACCUCUGGCACUUUGAGGCAGUGAGUUAAAGUUGACAUCGGUCUCGACCUGAAUCCAAUUCCGAGCAGCGGUAAGAACCUCCGUUGAAUUUGUUGGAAAAUUACAGUCUCAGAGUCAGAACUGAGCAGCCGAUAUUUUAAAUCCAUUUCGGUUCAGACGCCACAUGCAGCACAUUUUGGUU